AUCUUCUUCCACAUGACAUCGACAUGAGCAGGCAGCAGUAUAUAUAUAGAACUCUUCUUCUCCUCUCUAUCCAUUGCAUUCUAACUCAUCGAUCCAAAAUGCACCCACUAGUCCUAGUCCUAGUCCUAGUCCUACUGCUAUGCUCUUUUCCUCUUUCAACCCUUGCUCACUCACUGCCACUCUUUGACCACAACGCCGCCGUACCCGAAACCCUUGAACUUGACCUAACUGCAAAUAAAGCUAAAACUGCCUACCUCGUCAGUUUCAAUGUCAAAACUUCAGGUCAAGAAACUGUACGAUUGAAUGCCACUCUAGACACGGGAAGCGAUCUUACAUGGUUCUUUGGCUUGGAUUGCCAGGAUAAUAAAUGUUCCUGUAACCGUGAAGAAUGCAUCAAAGAGCCUGACACCAAACCUGAAGGAGCGUGUGAAGAGUGUCGUAAGCUCCACGAAGAAGAAAAACCUCAUUGUCUAGAAACAGAAAACACGUGCUGGUACCAUAUGAAGUAUGAUGACAACUCCAGGACUGGAGGAAAGUUAACUAAAGGCGAAUUAUGGUCCAACUCGAAAGUGAUUGCGCCUGUUUGGUUUGGACUUUCCAAUAUCAGCGAAGGUCGUAAAAAAGAAAGCGCAGGAGUUGUUGGACUUGGACGUGGGGAAAUAUCCUUGAUUUCCCAAUUGGGUAUUCCCUCAAAAUUCUCAUACUGUCUUUCUAAUAGUAUCUCCGCAACUACUAAAUUAUUGCUGGGGAAAGACGUCAAGAUAGACCCCACUUACUACACCCCAUUAGUAGAAGAAGAAGACUGUUAUGGACGUUACUGUAUCCAUCUUGAAUCUAUACUUUUAAAUAACCAACGGGUAAAGCAGGACGGAAUUAUCUUAAUGAGAAUUGAUUCAGGCUCCACUUUUACGCAUUUAAACAAAACAUUUUUCCCCGAAUUUAUAGAAGGAGUAGAGAAAAUUACAGGGGAGAAAGGUAUACCAUUCAAGGGGGGGAACAAGUAUAAGCACUGUUACGAGGACGGGGAACGGUUGCGUGAAGUCAAGUUUAAAUUCAAGGGUGAUCAUCAUGAUCAGUGUAGCCUUAAUUUGAAGCGGGUGAAUUUUUUUGUUAAAAAAAAAGAUAACGAUAAGACAUAUUUUUGCUUGACGGUGAAACAACACGACACACUAAAUUUCCUAGGAAAUAAGGCGCAGAUUGAUUUUGAGGUAGCAAUUAGUGAACCCUCUGAAGCUAAGGUGUCUUUUGUUGAAAAGACAUGCAGCAGCGAGCAAAACGUUAACGAGGAAGAAGAAGAAGAGGAGGAGGAGGAAGAAGAAGAAGAAGGAUCACUGAGCUUCCAAGAAUAA